GCUGUCCCAGCUACCUUUGCUUUAAUUCUUUUUCUCCGGUCAUUGCUUUACACCGUACAUACACUGCACCUACAAACUUUCCCGCCCCUCCUGUUUGUGUUCUUUAGAUUCAAUCGUAAAAAGAGACGUUCUGUAUCACAUUAUUGUUUUGUUUUUUUACUUCAUUCAGUCUUGGCAUUUAGAAUUUUUAACUCUAGAACUCCUCAACUUUUUCUUUUUUACUUCGGCCUUCUCUUUUUUCCAGUCAGCGUUUCCGAAUCUUUUCACCGCACCUUUCUUUCUGCUGCACAAUUGAAGUGAACACACAAGCCAACUCCCCAACCUGUUCUACGUGUCUUUCGGCCUGACCGUUCUUCAGAUCCGAAACACCCCCUCCAAAAAAUACACCCUCAGCCUUUUUUCUUCUUCAAAUGGCGAUCGAUUUGAGCUCUGGCACAUGCCGAAGCUUUGUGCGGGUUCGUCCCUACACGCCGUCGGAGGCGAAGGUGUGCCCGGAAGGCAGCGCCGUCCCGCGCACCAUCCUUGAAUGGGACGGCGACGAAACGAUCAAUGUACUGGAUGCGCAGAACAACUUCGAACUGCGCCGCAACGGCAUCUUCCCGGUUGGCAACGUGCUGUGGUCCUUCCGGGAGCCCGAUGGUACCUUCCCGACCGCCGCGCACAAGCAGGUCGCCACGCAGCAGGACGUGUACAACAAGGUGGUGGCCCCGAUGAUUCCGGCGAUCGUGGAGGGCUACAACACCGCGUUUUGCGUGGCCGGUGCCAGCAGCAGCGGGCGCUUCUACACCCUUUACGGCAAGGAGCCGGAGGGUGCGGAGUGCGGCAUUCUUCCGCGGUUCGCCGACGACAUCUUUGCCGCCUUGAAGCGCAACGCGCAGGCGAACAGCACACUGAGUGUGGAGCUGGAGGCGAUCGAUAUUAUGGGCGAGGCCUACGUCGAUCUGCUCGCGGUGACGCGUCGCGCAAAUGCGGACUCACAAGACACGCUGAAGCUGCAGAUGACGCCUGCCGGGCCCCGCCUUAUCGGGGCGAACAGCGUCGACAUCGAGGACGCGACGCAGCUGCAGAAGACGAUCAGGCAGCUCUUCCACAUCGUGGAGAAGCGCAACUGCACCCACACGGUGUCGCUUCGCUUCACUGAAACCUUCGAGUUCGAAGACCCGGAGAACUUCAAUCAGUCGGUGAGCAAGUCGCGUCGGGUGCAGGUGCUCUUUGUGCUGCUGCGUAACAUGCCGUCUGCGUUUCAACGCUGCAUCGACGUCGCCGUCGAGCACGACAGCGGCGAGAACCCGCUCGCCAAGGUGCCGGUGCGCGAGUCGGCCUUUACGCGUCUCUACCCCAGUCUACUACAGCAGGGAUUUCACCUGAACUUCAUCUCCUGCGUCAGCCCCUACUACGAGUACGGCCGCGAGGACAUCAACACGCUGCAGUUUAGUAUGAAGGUGAAGCAACUGAAGGGCCGGCCGAAGCAGAGCCAGGACGAGAGUCUCGUCGAGAUGCGCCGCCUCGCCGACGAGUUGAAGGACCUGAAGGUCGAGGAAAAGAAGCAGAACGCGGCGAUGGUCGUGGUACAGAACGAACUGAACGCGCGGGAGGUGGAGCUGAUGAAGCAGGAGGCAAAAUACAACAAGGUGGCGAAUGACAUUAUCGAGUCGCAGCGCAGCGUAAAGCUGGCGACGGUGGGUCGCAACUUGGAGGCGGACAGGUCCAACCGGGUGCGGCGGGAGAUCGACAAGGAACUCAACGCAAAGCGGGCGGAAAUUAAAAAAUUUCAGGCUGCGCAGACGUCAAAUCAGACCACCACGAACAAGCUCAUGCGCGACGCAGACGACGCCAAGGUGCGCGCCGACGCAGCCGAAAAGAAGGUGGAGAAGCAGAAGGAGAACAUGGCCAUCUACGAGCAGCGUCUGAAGGAGUACGAAGCGGAUGACAGGGCUGUGGAAAAGAUCGAAGCGUUCAAUCUCGCCGCACCAGAUGAGCAAAAGGCCAUGCUGAUCGCCGACUCGGAAGAGAAGAAGCGGGCGGAUGCGGCGGUGCAGCGAAUUGAGCACGAGCGCGCCUCUGCGAAGGCAUUCGAUGACACUGACGAUCGUGUGCGUGAGUUGCAGAAGGAGUACGACGUCGCGUAUGAGAAAACCGGGCCAAGUCGCGAGAAGAAGCAGCUGGAAGACGAGAUUGAAAAGAAUCAGAAGGAGAUCGACGACGCAGAGAAGGAGAUGCGCCAACUGCAGGCGGACAUCGACGAGAAGAAAUCGCAGUGCCAGUGCAGCCUCAUGUAG